CUCCACCCUGAAGAUGGCAGUGUUGACUCGAUUGGUCACACGUUUCUAACAGUUCUCCUUCGUGCCGCACCUUGAUGACGUAACGUGUUUCUCUUUGUUUGAGUCCGCGAGCGGGCUGCCGCAGAAGACACGUGUGUUCAUUUUAGAGACAAACGCGAACAGAAGUGAAGAAGAGAGAGAGAGUGAGAUAGAUACAAAAAGAGAAAAACUACGGAGAAGAAGUGUUGGCAUUGUGAAGGUGCAAGAGAAGAAGAGGAAGGUGAGAGCUCGCCUUAAACAAGGCCAGAAUUGCUCUGAGGAGGUCUGUUAACAAAGAUAAAGACCCUCUUUUUAAGUUUGCAUGGCCAUGCAGUGAGGUGUUUAGUGGCCUCCAGGACAGAGCUGCCUGCAUGAGAAGGGAAUCUUAGAAGAGCAGACACUCGAGGAGAGGGAAGAGUUUUACACAGAGAAUGGCCUUAGCCAAUGACGACGACACAAUUGAGAGACUGGAACUCCUUAAACAAGAGGACUGUGAAGGGGCUGCACCAGAGGAUUUGUGGGUGGAGAACUACAAAAGAGGAGCAAUUUCAGUCCUUAAAGAGGAGGAAGAGGAGUGCAAGGUGGAGAUUGUUGAAGUCAAAGUUGAGAAUUCUUCCAAAUCCUGCCUUAAUCCUGAGCUGGAAAAGCUUGAAAAUGGAAACAUUUCCGAGCAAGAAAUUUUUGAAGAGCCUCAUUGCAGUUUACAGGCUCGGGUCUCUAACACAGGACCACAGGCUACCCAGGAGAAUUCUGUGGAACUGAAAUCUGAGUUACUGGAGUAUGAGGAGAAAGUCAAUGGAGGAAAUGGGAUAGAAGAGCAGCAGUCAUCAAGGAGUGUUGAACUAAAUUUACUUGACCGUGUCGGCUCCUUUCCAUCUUCAUCUGCUCAGCCCUCUCUUGAGUGCCAACAGAAACAGAACAAGAAGAAGAGGAGGAGGAGGAGGAAAUCAAGAGGAUCGGAGAAGUUGACAGCAGCCUCUAUUCAGCGUAGUCCUCCUCCUGCUGCGAGAGAAGACACCAACUUGGAUCAAGAGGCUUUGUGCGGACAAACUGUUGAAAAUAAGUCUGACCGUAAAAAGGACAAAUCGGUUCGUUCAAGGCCCGAGUCGUAUGGCUGUUCUGAGUGUGGCAAACAAUUCCUUCAUAAGUGCUUUCUUCAGUUACACUCGAGGCUUCACACUGGAGAGAAGCCAUAUUCCUGCUCUGAAUGCGGAAAAAGUUUUGCUUACAGUAGCAGUCUGCAGACCCACAGAAGAAUUCAUACCGGAGAAAGGCCAUAUUGCUGUUCCGAAUGUGGCAAACGAUUCACCUCAAGUAGCGGUCUUUAUAAACACGCUCCGAUUCAUACUGGGGAAAAGCCACAUAGCUGUACAGAAUGUGGGAGAGCAUUCGUCAAAAGAUACGAUCUCGUGAGGCACAUACGGAUUCAUACUGGAGAGAAGCCCUAUUGCUGUUCGGAGUGUGGCAAAAGAUUCUGUGUAAGCUGUGAGCUUCUGAUGCACAAGCGACAUCACGCUGGCGAGAAGCCGCAUGGCUGUUCUGAAUGUGGCAAGCGCUUUCCUACUAGUUCCAAGCUCCAAACCCACAUGACAACCCACACUGGAGAAAAACGGUAUGCAUGUGCUGAAUGUGGAAAAAGAUUUGGCCACAGUGGCAAUCUUGUACGACACCAGCGACUUCAUCAAGUUCGUGGAGAACGGAAGUCCUACUGCUGCUCCGAAUGUGGCAACAGCUUCGCCUAUAAGCAGAGUUUUCUGAAUCACGUCAGAUUUCACAUUGCUCUCCAGCUGUGAAUUCCCAUAAGGAAUUCUAGUUCUGCGGCUCUAAAUGUGGUAAAGGAUUCUCGCUUUUCAGUCAUUUCCAUGGACGCUUAAGAAUGUGGUUGUGACUGUGGUAAGCGAUUCUCAAAGAGCAGUGGACUUCAUAACGAUGAAAGAACUCACAGUGCCAAGAUGCAUCGGGUGGUGGGAUGGCAUCCUGAAGGUGUCAAGCAUUUCUCAAAGGGCAUGAGUCUUGAGGGUCACAGGACAAAAGCCCUGAAGGAGUAAGCUGGAGGGCGAAGAGCGAAGGACUGAAUUGAGGAUUGAUAUAAAGUGGUAAAAGUAACAUGUUACCUUGUUUGAUUUUUUUAUGACGCACUAGUUAUUUUACUAAAAUCAAAAUCCUGACAUUACUUAAAGGGGUGGUGCAGUGGCAGCAUCCCUGCCUCACAAUAAGAAGAGCAAGGUCCUCCCUGGGUAGAGUUUGAAUGUCUUCCCCAUGUCUGCAUGGGUUUCUUCUUACAGUCCAAAGGUGGAUUGGCAUUUCCUAAAUUGGCCCUCGUGCGUGCCCUAGGAUGGAUUGGUGCCCCACCUAGAGUUUGUUCCUGCCUUGCUCCCGAUGCCAGCUAGGAUAGGCUCAAGCAGAACCCCUGUGACCCUGUUUAGGAUUAAGUGGGUUAGAAAAAUGGCUGACUUAAGGGGUGUGGCAAAUAUGUGCGUUACUAUAAGCUUAUUCUGUCUAUAUAGCGGUCUAUGAUACGGUAUCUCUCGCCCAUUCCCCAUUUUAUCACAAAGGUGAUGCUGUAAGUAUAAUAAAUGUAAUCGGCCCACUUGAGGGUCACACGGCGCCAGUGGUUAUCGCAGUAGGCACUGGGUUUGAGGGAAAAAUCAAACUGCUGCUCCAUGGCAGGGCAAAAUGGCAGAAGAUGGUGAGCUCCAGUAACAGACCCGUAGGAGUAAAGCGUCAGGUUCAACUGAAUCCAGGCGUCUGCUGGAGAUGUGUUUAAAAACCCUGUGAUCCGGUGGCAUCGCAGCAAACCCUCAUACUGUGAGUCUUAGGGAUGGGGCGGCUCAGGGUGAGAAUGUAAAAAAGAGGAUCGAUAUUAUGUACCUCUCCACGUGGAAGGAUUAAACGCAUUUGUAAAACACUUGGCCGUGUUUGUGGUCAGUUCCAUGAAAUUCAGUACAGUCGGGUCCAUAAGUGUUUGGGACGGUUUGGCUCUGUGUGCGACUGUGAUGGAUUUGAAGUGAAGCAAUCAAGAUGGGAUUGAAGUGUAGACUUUCAGGUUUAAUUCAAGGGGUUUGACAAAACUAUUGUACGAGAUGUUUGGAAAAGACAGCCAUUUUUAUACGUGGUCCACCCAUUUUCAGGGGCUCAGAAGUGUUUGGACAUACUAACGGAAUCCUAAAUAUAACGAUCAUUGUCAGUAUUUAGUUGAAAGUCGGAACCCCUGGUCAUCUCCAGUGCUGAUGUUCUGCCAGGCCUUUCUUUACUGCCCGCUUUGUUCAGAUGCUGCUUGUCUGUUGGACUUUCUGCCAUCGGUUUUGUGUUCAGUAAGUGAACUGCAUGUCCAGUUGGGUUGAGGUCAGUUGACUGACUUGGCCAUUGAUGAAUAAUCCACUUCUUUGUGUUGUAAAGCUCCUGGUUUGCUGUCCCAGUGUGUUUUGUCUCCUUGUCCAUCUGUAGUGUCAAGUGUUGUCCUGUCAGUUUUUUAGAUUUGUCUCCAUCUGAGCAGGCAGUAUAGCGCCCUCUACACUUCAGAAUUCAUCCUGCGACUUCUGCCAGCAGUCACGUCAUCAAUUAACACCAGUGAGCGACUUCCAUUGGCAGCCAUGAUGAUCAGGCCAUAACACGGCCUCCGCCAUGUCUCACAGGUGAUGUGGUGUCCAUGUUGUCAGCCGUUUCUUCUCCUCCACGCUCUUCUCUUUCCAUCAUUCUGGUAUGUAUUGAUCUUAAUUUAAUUUGUGCAAAGAGAAGUAAGUGUUCCAGAACUGGACAGGCUUUUUAAAAAAUGCUUUCUGUCAAAAUCUGAUCUGUCCUUCCUAUCCUUGAGUCUCACCAGUGGUCUGCACCUUGUGGUAAACUUCCUGUCUUGACUGUCAUGGCGUCUUCUCUUGAUUGUACAGUUGUGGCCAAAGGUUCUGAGAAUGACCCAAGUGUUGGUUUUCACCAAGUCUUCUGCUUCAGUGUUUUGAGGUCUUUGCGUCAGACGUUUCUCUGGUACACUGAAGCAGAAUGACAAGCACUUCAGAAGUUUCAAAAGCUUUUAUUGACAAGUCCAUGAAGUUUAUGCACAGAGUCCAUAUUUGCAGUGUUGGCCCUUCUUUCUUUUUCACGACCUCUGCAGUUCACCCUGGCAGGCUGUCUGGCAAUCCUUUUUAUUUUGAUCUAAUAAUUGACGCUAAUGAAGGAGCAGAUCAACCUCUCCAACUCCUUAGGCCUUCUUCUGGGCGGUGACUUAAAUUAACUGAACAAGAUGACAAAGCCAGAGGGGACAAUCCUAGAAUCCUGGAUAUUCCUUCAAACACCGAGCUGGGUAACAUGCUGUAGGGUCCCAGUGGUCGCUGUCUGUCCCCCGCCUUCUCCAUUUCGCCCCUGAGGUCACGAUGCCCACCGUAUUUAUAAUAAGAAGGCGGAUGUAAUCCAUCGAUCCACUGGGACCUUACGGGUUUUAAGGUGCUCUGACCCACAUGUUCUAUAAGCAUCAAGGAAGGCAAAGUUCAUUACCAUUUGUGGAAGACAGAUGGCGCUGUAAUGCGCUAACCCGACACAGACGGACGGACAGACGCUAGAGGCACAUGUGAGUUUAUUUAUAGACCGUGUCCCCAAGAGUCGCUAAUCGCUCACUUUCCUUUCUUAUUCUCUUUCUGUCUCAGUCCUUUUCUUUUUUUUCCUCCAGUCCUGAUUCUGGCUCCUGUUAUAGCCCACCCGGAAGUGGUCCAGGUGCUCGUUGACCUACUUCUGGAUGUGGCAGAAAACCCGCUGUUGCAGUACCCCCAGGCGGCACCCCCCAGAUCCCAACAAGGCUGUAGAGAUAACUCCAACUCCCAAGAAGCCCUAAGCACUGCUGCAACUCAGGGGUGCUGCCAUCUAGCGUUCCGGGGGGACAGUAACAAUCUGACCUCCCACCGUGGAGGUGUCCCAGCCGGGUCCCCCACAUAUUGAUGGUCUCAAGAUCCUCUUUUUUUCCCCGAUUGUAGCACAUGGGCAGCAAAAGCUCUUAAGGUGAAGUUCUAAAGCAGUGUUUCCCAAACUCGGUCCUGGGGACCCCCUGUGGCUGCAGGUUUUUGUUCC